UUUGAAAACAGGCGCCAGACAAUCGCGGGUGAGCGAUCAUUCCGGAAAAAAAACCCGGGGCGUCCUGAGUGGCUGAUAUCCCAGCAGAUCCCACAGUUCGAAGACGUCAAGUUCGAGGCAGCGAGUCUGCUGUCGGAGCUGUACUGUCAGGAGAAUUCCGUGGAUGCGGCGAAACCACUGCUGAGGAAAGCAAUCCAGAUCUCGCAGCAGACUCCCUACUGGCAUUGCCGCCUGCUCUUCCAGCUUGCUCAACUGCACACGCUUGAGAAGGACCUGGUGUCGGCCUGCGACCUCCUGGGCGUGGGGGCCGAGUAUGCCCGCGUGGUGGGAUCUGAGUAUACACGGGCGCUGUUCCUGCUCAGCAAGGGGAUGCUGUUGCUGAUGGAGCGCAAGCUGCAGGAGGUGCACCCGCUGCUGACGCUGUGCGGGCAGAUCGUGGAGACCUGGCAGGGAAACCCCAUCCAGAAGGAGUCGCUGCGUGUCUUCUUCCUGGUGCUGCAGGUCACCCACUACCUGGACGCCGGGCAGGUGAAGAGUGUGAAGCCAUGCCUGAAGCAGCUGCAGCAGUGCAUCCAGACCAUCUCCACGCUGCAUGACGACGAGAUCUUGCCCAGCAACCCCGCCGACCUCUUCCACUGGCUGCCCAAGGAACACAUGUGUGUGCUCGUCUACCUGGUGACAGUGAUGCACUCCAUGCAGGCUGGCUACUUGGAGAAGGCACAGAAGUACACGGACAAGGCGCUCAUGCAGCUGGAGAAGCUCAAGAUGCUGGACUGCAGCCCCAUCCUGUCCUCGUUCCAAGUGAUCCUGCUGGAGCACAUCAUCAUGUGCCGGCUCGUCACAGGUCACAAGGCCACGGCGCUGCAGGAGAUCUCCCAGGUCUGCCAGCUGUGCCAGCAGUCACCCCGGCUCUUCUCCAACCACGCGGCACAGCUGCACACGCUGCUGGGCCUGUACUGCGUCUCUGUGAACUGCAUGGACAAUGCGGAGGCCCAGUUCACCACGGCGCUGCGGCUCACCAACCACCAGGAGCUGUGGGCCUUCAUCGUGACCAACCUGGCCAGCGUGUAUAUCCGGGAAGGAAACAGACACCAAGAGCUGUACAGCCUGCUGGAGAGGAUCAACCCUGACCACAGCUUUCCUGUGAGCUCGCACUGCCUGCGCGCGGCUGCCUUCUACGUGCGCGGCCUCUUCUCCUUCUUCCAGGGCCGCUACAACGAGGCCAAACGCUUUCUGCGGGAGACUCUGAAGAUGUCCAAUGCGGAGGACCUGAACCGCCUCACGGCCUGCUCGCUCGUGCUCCUGGGCCACAUCUUCUACGUGCUGGGCAACCACAGGGAGAGUAACAACAUGGUGGUGCCCGCCAUGCAGCUGGCCAGCAAGAUCCCAGACAUGUCGGUGCAGCUGUGGUCGUCCGCCCUGCUCAGAGACCUGAACAAGGCGUGCGGGAACGCCAUGGACGCCCACGAGGCGGCGCAGAUGCACCAGAACUUCUCGCAGCAGCUGCUCCAGGACCACAUCGAGGCCUGCAGCCUCCCCGAGCACAACCUUAUCACGUGGACAGACGGCCCGCCCCCGGUGCAGUUCCAGGCCCAGAACGGCCCCAACACCAGCCUGGCCAGCCUCCUGUGAGCCGCCGGCGCCCUGCGCCCCCCAACACCCUCUGUGCUCCUGAGGGCCGCCGCAGGCGUGUGCACUGACUUCCGGGCGCCCUCCACGUGGGGCCGGGAGCCCAGCUGCUGGCUCCAGCGACCCCCAGGCCACUUCACCUGCCCCGCCACACGCCAGCUUUCCAGAGGAAGAAGCCACGGCUGCCCGAGCCGCUGAGGCCCCUUCCUCCCCACCCCGGAGCCGGAGCGGGAGCCAGGCAGUGUUGGUGUUGCUGACCUGCAGUCUUGCCAUGGUGUGGACUUCACCCGGCUCAAGGUGUGCGGUGACACCCCGAGAUCUGAACCCCGGACCUCUCCCCAGCAGCCCCCGCUGCAGAGGACGCUGGGGGACCAGGAGGAGGUGGCUCUGACUGCAGGGCUCCGAGCAGAAGGGGGCCAGAACCCCCGAUGGUGCUGCCCUUCCGUGGGUCUCCCGAGAGGCGGCCCGUGGUGGCUCCCCUGCAGAGCAGGGCCGAGGCAGCCGACGCCCGGCGGGGCGGGGCCUGGGGCCGAGCCCAGGUCUUGAUAGCUUUGCACAGUGAGCGACGUGGGGUCUCCACAGGGGACACUGGGGACACUGGCGGCACAGACCAGCCGCCACCACUAGGCCUCGGUGUGCCUCCCUGGGCGGGCCGCUGCCCGCGGCCAGCACCACGGGCUGGGACAGCGGUGCG